AUGGCGCCAUUACCCACGCGCUCCCACCCCAUGGGGAGAAACGCGAGACACCGCCCCAGUCCUCCAGUCAAUAUCGACACGACCGAGUACAAGAUGACAAGGGAACACCUCCCCGGGACGCUCUCGCAGAGGUCAUACACCCGCGCCGCACGCGCUACUAACAUCCGUCGCUCAAGUACGGCGGCAAACCAACCCCAGCGACACUAUUUAGCGGCGCAUAUGCAGGAGCACGGGCACCGCAUGGACAAUAUCGGCAAAGGAACGGAUCCUGCACCACCACCAGCCUCGUGUCGGGGCAAUCGAGCAAGACGUGCGCCUCGUCCUCCACGCCGUGACGCCGCUACUCAAGCGGCAGAAACGGCAAGUGCGCUGGUCGCAAGGGACGGGAGGAAACGUUCGGCGGAGUUGCUCAACCGCGAGAGGGUGAUCGCCGCACAGGAGACGCGUCAGUGCGAGCCCGUCGGCACCCUCCUCAGGCCUCAACGUCAACGAGAUGUACACCCGCCGACCUCGCAGGAGGGGCACCCGCACCGACGCCAGAAGGUGACCCCGAACCGCGUCUCCCACUGCCCGACCAAGACCCGUGAUUGCCUCAUCCACCGAGUUGACGGUGAGACCAGGCCGGAGGUCGAAAUGUACUGGGACUGGCAACGCGGCGAGGGCGUGGUGUAG